ACCAGUUUACAUAUGUCAAGAAGUUUAAAUAUAACGUAAGCUCGUUGUAAAUAUAGCCAGAGUAUUUUUGUAUAUAUGAGAGUACCCCGUCUGCAUACUUGUAUCAUUCCAGCGAAAAUUACGUCAUAUGUUUAGCACCCAUAUUUAGUUUGUUCGGAAAACGGUACGGAUUCGUGUUUUUUAACGUUUUAUUACCUCCCUCUUCAUCAUAUUCCUUUUUUCCUCAUCAGUCUAUCGAUCAAUUCAAACGCGCAUUCCAUAAUCAAUCAGCUACUUCAGCUAAAACCCGUGACGGUUACUAACGCAAGGUACUUAUGGCCUGCGUUAACUCUACAGUUACAUUGAUAGACCACUAGAUGGCACCUAGCUACCAACUGUUGUAAACUACGCCAUAGACCCGAUAUAAAAUAAAUAACAUUUGACUGUCUCAACCGUGACAUUUAACUACCAUGGCAACUACAGAUUUUUGGAUUUUUGUGUUAGAGUAUUGAAAAAACAUAAACACAAAAUAAUCAGAAAAAGGAUAACUUUAGCUGAAUGACAAACAUAGAGAUAAAACACAUGUCUUCCACUACAUAGCAUCAGUCCCAUAUGGUCUAGCGGUUAGGAUUCCUGGUUUUCACCCAGGCGGCCCGGGUUCGACUCCCGGUAUGGGAACGUCACUUUUUCUUUUUUGCCAGAAGAACAUUAACCGGUUCAUUUCAUUAUUGCAAAACACACGAUACGCUUUAUGUAUCAACUUUGAUAGAACACAAUUAGUGACAAAUGGAAACAUGGGCGUUUUUAACUGUCGGUUAUAUGAUACAGCCACCGCAACAUGCCCUCAUCAUUUCCAGAGAAUCCACUGUCUCGACCCCGCCCGGCCAGCAGUCCCCAACUGCUCCCAUCUAACAAGGGCUUGGACAAUCCCGGAAGAUGCACAUCUCCCACUUAUAUUUCCCUAAUCGCUGUCUAACGUAGAACAGGAAGACAAACUCACACUAGAGCCGACAUUUAAAGGCUGUUUACCGACAUUUUUCCGGGCCGAAACUUCUAAAAAUCGCGUUAGAAGCAGUUGCCAUAACAUUUUUUAACAACACCUGUGACCGCGUAACCGUUAACUAAAUAUUAACGUUAACCGUUGCUUAGAUACCAAAUUGUUUAACCGUUAUAGCUAACUGACAGUGCAAACUUCAUAGCUAUUAGCCUAACUGAUGGAAGGCUACAGCAUAAAUAAUCGACUAAUAUCGGUUGAGAACAAAGUGUUAAUCAAUAUGUACUUUUUAAACGAUGAGAUAUACCGCGGGCAGUAAAAAAAAACACGCUAUUUUUCUUUUUUAGUUCUUUUUAUAGACAUCUUGCUUCCAUCCCUCUCGAUGCUUAUGUCUACUAAAACCUGUCCUGACUCCUUUGGUUUCGCUUACUGCUGCCAGGCUACAGCCAAACUUUGGUGCCGGGCCAAUCACUUCCCAGGAAAAUGUGACUGCUAGGAAUUCCCCACGCAUCAGCCCCUGUCGGAGAAAACUGCAACCUUGUGUCAGGAAACACAGGAAAGCAGCAGCGGGAGGGUAAAAAAUCUGACCGGUGACUGUGCGAUGAUGUAGCUAUUGCACGGUUUAGUCUCCAACUCGCAGUGAAGACGCGCCGGGGAUAAUGUUUUUCUAACGUCACCGUGUUUCAUGAGGACAGUCUGUAUCUACCAGAAUAAAGCCAGGGAAUAAUGCUGCGCUGCUGACAACUUCUACCAGGGUGUGGAUGCUCCAGGCGCAGCGGGACCCAGCCUCCUUGUCAGAGAGGGACGAGGCUGCUUCCACCUGGGCCACAGCGAUCCUCUGAAACUUGGCUCGUGGUCUCUCUCUCUCAGCGCUAACUGCCCGGAUAGAGAACGGGGAGGAACGACAGGAAGGCCAUUUUGCAAGGUGAAACUGAGCUUCAGCCUGUCGGUGGCUCCGUCUGUGCAGAGAAGGAGCCAGAGUCGUCGCUGGGAUAUUUUAGGCUGCUCCCUGCCCUCUGAACUCCACCGCCAUGACGACUGCAGUACAGCCUAGCGAACUGGUGUUUGAAUUUGCCAGCAACGGGAUGGACGAAAUCAACCAGGUGUGCAGUUAUCUCAUCCCCACACCUGUGUCUGAAUCCUGUGGAGCAGGCUUGAUUCUGGACGACCCGUCAGUAUUCCCAGCAGUGAUUGUUGAGCAAGUGCCUGCGGCCGAUCUGCUGCAGGUCUACUCAGGCCUCGAGUCCGACGAGGUGACCAACGGCAUCAUGGUGGACACCACCCUCCAUGUGGUGGAGGCACCUUCCAUCUUGGUGGGAGGGGUGGGCCUCUCAGAAACAACAGUCUCAGGUGCAGAGGACAGCAUGGAGACGAACGAAGCUGCAGCGGCUCUUCUGAACAUGGAGUCGCCAAACAACAUCUUGGAUGAGAAGCGCAUGAUCCACACCUACGGCACUCUGCUGGAGUCAGACUUGACAUACGCCCCUCUGAGGCCUGAUCAGUUGGACAACGGUGCCCUUGACAUGUCGCUAGAUGAGGACACUUCAUCCAUGGACGAGAUUCCCCAAAAGUGUCCCUUGAAACCUCAGAAAAAAAACAAAGUGCGGAAGCCGCGGGCGGUGCGUCCCUGCUCUCCUAUCACCACCCCUAACCUGCCACUCAGGAAGAAGAGCAAAGAGGGCAAAGGCAACACCAUCUACCUGUGGGAAUUCCUUCUGGCUUUACUGCAGGAUAAAAACACCUGUCCCAAAUACAUCAAGUGGACACAGCGGGAGAAAGGCAUCUUUAAACUGGUGGACUCCAAAGCAGUUUCAAAGCUUUGGGGUAAACACAAGAACAAGCCUGACAUGAACUAUGAGACUAUGGGAAGAGCUCUCAGGUACUACUAUCAAAGGGGUAUCCUGGCUAAAGUGGAGGGGCAGCGGCUGGUCUACCAGUUCAAGGAGAUGCCAGCUGAUUUGGUGGUGAUUGAGGAUGAAGACACAGGCUCUGAUGGUAAUGCCGCCUACGGGAACCAAAGGGCUACCAACGGGCGGUCUAUGGUCCGUGGAGGAUCCAAAGGGCACGGCAGGGCUCACGGUCACCACCAAGUGUCAGUGAGGCAGAUGAAGAAAGAGCCUAAUGAUGAAUGUCUGUACCAAGAAGCCAAUGGUGGGCAGACCGAGCAUCUUCUUCAGUCUGUCCAUGUGUUGCAGGCCAACCAGGGGUCGGCUCAAGAUCCGGCACAAGCUAUGAGAACCAUCAGUGCACCUAUGGUCCUGACAUCUCCUGGUUCUCUUCAAUCUGUGCCCCUCACCGCUGUUCUGGCCAACGGGGACUCCAGCCACUCCUCCCCCCCUCGGGUUAUACUCCACACCAUGCCCUCCACCACUGCAGGUGGUAAGGAUGUGCUCACCAUCCAGACCGCAUCUCUAGCAGGUGGAGCCAACGGCCUGCAGGACGGCCUCCCCCAGCAGCUCCUGGUCACCAGCCUGGGCUCUUCUGCUGUCUCCUCCUCCACCUCCUCCUGCUGCACUUCCCCUCCAGGAGCCACUAAUUCCACUGCUUCCAACCUCAACGGCCUCCCCCGCCUGGUCACCAUCAACACGACCUGCGGACAGACCAUGGUGGCCCAGCAGCCCGGCACUGUAAUCGCCACCGUGCUCAAAUCCAGCGACCUCUCCGGGCUGCAGAUCAAAGAGGAGAUGCUGGACCCCAGCUACUUCCAGUCGAUGGUGAAUGGUGAUCCAUCGCUGGCGGCAAAUACAUUUGAGAAGGAAGAGAUGGAGGAAGGGGAAGCUGAGCUGCAGUAUAGGACUGUGAUUAUUGAUACCAGUCAAAGCCAGGGCCAGGACGCUGGAAGUGAAACUAUAAUUAAUGGACAUUCCUCCCAGAGCAGCAGCCCCAGUGAAGGUCUGACCCCUGUGGAGGAGCUGGAGGUGCGUGGGGAGAUGUCCCUGCAGCCUGAGCAGGGAAUCAAAGGCCUGCAGGAGCUGCCACUCUCUGUCCAACUGCCUGCAAACUUUAUCCAGAUUAAGACAGAGCCUGCGGAGGCCUAAGGCUGCAGGACUCUUCUUCACAAGCUGAACCAAAAACAACAAUUAAAUCCAUUUUGACCACAGACUUUUUCUUUUCCUAACACAGUGAUCUGAUCAAAGGUCAGAGUGAGGGAUCUAGCAGCACGUUGCUCUUAAAGGUUGGUCAGUUCAGCCUCAGGAUUUAUUGUUUACUCACAUAUUCUGUGACCAUGUGCCUAAUUUUAAAAAAUUCAAGGGAUUUUGUUUUGUUUUUCUAAGAAGUCACUUUUCAGAUUUGGGAUUAUCCUCUGUAGACAUGAACCCCAAUACACAAAGAUACACAAACACACAGAGCAAAUGCACACAUAUAUAGAUCAACCUUCCCCUCUAGGAGAACAGCCAUUGGAUAAACCAGGGAUCCCUGUCUACCAAAUGUGCCAGUUAGUUAUUUUCUUACCUUACAUCUCAUUGGACUUGUAUGUUUAAAGAGGCAACAAAGAUGCAACAAACCAAAACCGGGGACUGAAUGCCAAAUGGUGCAAUGAAAUCAGACUUCUGAGAACGUGCAGAGUGUGUGUUUGUGUGUGUUUCCAAAACCGCAUACAGGUUCCUGUUCCCAUGGAUGAGGGAUGGAUGCCGCGUCACCGUGUCCAAUCUGGUGAAAAAACCCCACACAUCUCAGAGUUUAAUUGAAGAGUGCCUUACAGGAAGUUCAAACAACUCAAGACUCUUUCUUGGAAAUGUCUGGAAAAAAGAUGAAAAAUGGACUAAAUGGCUUUUCAGACUUUCAGACUUUUAAGAACUUAUUGCUCAUUUAUUUUCAUAUAAAGAAAAAAAAAGUAUGCAUUCCCUCUCUAUUACUCCUGGCCUUAAAACACUGUGUUACUAUGGAAAUGGGCAUUUUCUGUUCACCAAGGACAGUCCAACAUCAAAACUGUUUGUAGAGCUACAGACCGGAGGCACAGCAACAUAGGGAGGCACAAAUGGAGAGAAAGAAAAUGCAGGAUAAAAUAGAUUUUAUCAGCCCCUGC